UUACUCGUUGAGGGGACCUGCUUGGGAAACGGGUCGUCAGCACCGCGGACAACGCUAGGUGGGGCGCUUUGCCCCCAGUUCGAGUUCCUCAAACACAAGCUUUCAGGACCAAGGACAGCGACACACUCCCUGCGCCCAUUCCCCGCUGAGGACGCGGCCCCAGCGCAGCCAAACUAGUUUCUAUCCCUGCCGGCGGCGACAGCUCCGGGAUUUGAGCGCUUUCUCCGUCUACGGCACCGGGGACAGCGCCCUUAGGUCGGCUUCCUGGGAAAGGCGGAGUCUUCAUCACCAACCCGCGCUAGUCUCAGCUUCGGGCUCCUGGGCUCCCGAACAGCGUGGAUUAACCACGCUGGCAGCACAACAUGGCAACCGAGGUCCACAAUCUACAAGAACUACGGCGGAGUGCUUCAUUGGCCACCAAAGUCUUUGUUCAGCGGGACUACAGUGACGGGACCAUCUGCCAGUUCCAGACCAAAUUUCCACCUGAGCUGGACAGCCGGAUUGAGCGGCAACUUUUUGAGGAAACUGUGAAGACCCUCAACAACUUCUAUGCUGAGGCUGAGAAAAUUGGGGGUAGCUCGUAUCUGGAGGGAUGUUUGGCCUGUGCUACAGCCUACUUCAUCUUCCUCUGCAUGGAGACCCGCUAUGAGAAGGUUCUGAAGAAGAUCUCCAAGUACAUCCAGGAGCAGAAUGAGAAAAUCUUUGCUCCUCGUGGGCUACUGCUGACAGACCCAGUGGAGCGGGGCAUGCGGGUUAUUGAGAUCUCCAUCUAUGAGGAUCGUUGCAGCAGCUCCAGCUCCGGCAGUUCCAGCAGCAGCAGCAGUGGCAGCACUGGGGGUGGAGGUGGGGGAGCAGGGGGCCGGUGACUGGCACAGAGUCCCGGCAGAGAUUUGUACUGCCGGGACAAUGGUGUCUCCGAGAUCCGCAGACUGCGCUAUCAGAGCACCCGCUUCUGAGCUCCCCCUGGGGGGGGAUGGGUUGCCAGCAAGGAAAGUUGUGACACCCUUGGGAGAGACAACCAGCGAGGGCAAAGUCAUUCUUAGGGGAUGCUUGACCUCGGCCCAAGUGGACCUUACCCCCAGAGGAGCCCAGUCUCUGUGGCUCAACACCUUGAUACCAUGAGCUACUGAUACUUCCUAUGGGCUUCUGGGGACACUGCUGCCUCCUCCCCAGAUGCCCACAUAUGUCAUUGCCUAAGUUCUGUCCUCCCAGCUGAAGGCACAUGAUAAUCCCGACUGACUGCAACCUCUUGCUGAAGGUCCAAUGGCCAACAAAGAUCAAUCCAGCAUAGUGAGCUGGGAUAGGAUGGGGUGGGAUGAGGGAACUGGUGGGUUUGGGAUUCUGUUACAGUCCUUUCCUUGAGCACCACUGUUCUGUCCCUUCCUGCAUUUUCACUGACACACCAUUCUAGCUGCAUGUCACUUUCCUCCUGGCACUUUAGGCAUGUUAUAUGCUGAAAGCAUACAGUGUCCACGGUGCUAUAGUGGUGCUGUGUCAUUGCAGGUGCUUGCACACCCUCUCCUGAUGUGGGGUGCCUGUAUUGGCAAAGAUGUGCCCUCUUACAGAUACCAGGAUAGUCUCUGUACUUGAGCACCAUGGAACAUGCCCCAUGCUCUGGAUCCUUUCAGGGCGAUAGAAGGACAGGGAUAGCGUAUGGGGCUAGAGGAGAAUGGGAGGUGAAGUUGCUCCCUCCUGUGAGAUAGUAGCACAGAUCCUGUUGGGGACUGCAAAUUCUUCCGAUGCUUGAAAGAUUGGCCCACACCAUCUUUGACCAACUCCAACAGGUUUUCCAGAGCAAUCUGGGAGCAUGGAGAGUAUCAGAAUAUGGGAGUUUUUGGAGGAGAGGCUUCUGGUUCCUAAGUUCUACAGCAGAGCACAGCACGGUCCAAUAAGCAUCUUUGGGAGUAUGUGUGUAAAUAUUUAAUAUAGUCCUAGCUACUAAAGCUGCACCUCCCCUACUGUUUUCAGCAAACAGGAAGAGAAAGGAGGAGAAAACUCCAAGGUGGGCAUUGUACUCUGCAAUAUUUGACUCACCUCCCCAGUGCACAGGUGUUCUGCAGCAGCAUCUUACCACUUGCAUGCACAGGUUGUUUUCUUGCUGCAUGUUCUCUCCCCCUGUAAAUAGCUUCCUGGGCCCCACAUAUGUAUGUCUGAGAUCCUCUCGAUGCUGGUGCUUCAGUACCGCUUCUCUGAGUCCCCCAGUGCCACUCUCAAACAAGGUGGGAAGGCAAGGGGAAAAGACUUAUACCAGGCUGCCCAGUGAACAGGUGUCUAACUCACAGGUGAACCCUGCCACCAUUUCCAGCAAAGGACAGCAGCUCUGAAAAUGCUUCCAACUUCUCUCACAUCACACAUCCUGUACACAGGUAGAUUUCCUCCUGGAGGUUCCUCAAUAAGAUAAUUGUUUGUGUUCAACUGGGGAGGGUAAGACUUGUGGAUGGUAGACACCAUGCUAUUAUUAAAAAAGGAAUGUUAACUGAAUGCUUGGUCUGGACAAACUCAGCUGUUACUCAUCUACUUCAUUAGUGCUCCAAAUAUCAUGGUUUCAGAAUGGGGUUUCCCUGCUUUUGAUGGCAGGAAUGUGUUGGUAGAGUGACCAGACCCUGUUUGUGUUUCAGGGGGAUGAGAGAGCAGCAGAGGGCAUAACAAAUGCAUAGAGAUCAAGCCAGUGUGGACCUGGGAGGGUUUUCCCCUGUGCUCAGAUGCUUUGAGAAGCUGCUUCCUAUGCCAUAUACUUGACAUUACUUCUGCCACAUGGGACUGGUCAUGGUUGUAUCCCUCUGUCUCUACAUGGAAACCUCCGACAAUAAAUGGCAAGUGAGAAUCCACCAAAGUUGGUUUCUUCUGGUCUGUUCUCUUCAAAGAUAAUAGAUCUGGCUCCCACAGAUGCAUUUAAUUCACAGUCACUGCAUCAUGUGUUUUGUUGUCUUAAGGCUGCAUAAGCCAUUAAAAGUAAUGGGUCCCAUGAAUUGUACCAGAAAAGCACAGCAUGCACUCCAUGGAUGAUCAUGCAGUAGGUUUGUAAGUGGGCCUACAAUUUUAGAAUACAGCUUUGUUUUAAUAGGACCCUUAUUCAUAUCUAACUUUCAGACCCAUUAGUAGUUGGGUGUGUGGUUGAGACAUACAUUUUUACAUUUACCUGGUGCUAACACUGCUCUUGAAACAAGUGAUACAGAUGCCUUAAUUAUGAUUGCACUAGAGUUUGUGCUGGUAUGGUAUGCAGAUUCAGUUAUUUGAGUUUAAUGGAGCUGAUGUUCAACUGCCUGCUGCCUAGGUUGGUGGUGCUCAUACAUAGGUAGGUAAGCAGGCAAUUGCCCCAAGGUAGCAAAGGUGGUUCUUCUGCAGGCAUAGGUUUUCACAUGCAUAUUGUCUUCUUAAGCAACCUGAAAAAAUAAAUGGGUGGGUAAAAAGCCAUACAUCACUCCAGUUUUAACCCAGAGCUUUAACCAUGGCAGAGAUGUGCCAGUCAAUUGCAGUUCAGUUUGAAUGAAUGUGGUAUCUUCUGCAAAUAAAUAAAUAAAAUGAAAAGUAAACAAUCAAAA